GCAUCAACUGCAUGUGGUCAUUUUGGACCAAACUACCAAAGAGGAGACACCUUGAAUUCGACAACAGUUUAGUCUUGAGUAAACAUAGACUAUUUCUAGUCUUUUUUAAUCGCCAUGACAGAAAGCAUGAUGUCAACAGUCCAAACUCCUGUGUUUCAUGUCGAUGACAGAAGUCAUGGGACCGAAUCGAUUACCCAAACGAGUUCAGCAAUCGCUCGUGGAAAGGCCUUGAAGAACGCCAUGUCAUACGUCCGCUCCCCACCUUCAAAACCAGGAGCAGGCUCACCUGCUAUGAAGAUGGAGACAUUCAAAGUGGAGUGUAUCUGUAACAGGGAAAUGAAGACUGUUCUGUGCCGAUCCUGUGGAAUGACCUUCAAGGGUCGAGUGCGACGGACGUGUCUUCUCCAUCCUAACAAUAUCCAUCUGAUGGACCUGGAUUGCUGUCCUAACUGCAAGGCUUCGCACAUCAAGGAAUUUGCCGAAACCAUGGCCAGCAAACGUAACAUAUGACUUGACUUACUCAUCCAGUCUGGGACCCAGAACUUGUGCCAAAGUAAUUCCAGCUGAACUGUGAAAUAAUUGUGUUGUUAGUUUUGAUAUUAUCAUCAGAAAAAACGCUUUUGAGGUAGCAGUUUAGGAAGAUAUUUAAGGUGAAGUGGGAGUGUAGGACAAUAUUUUAGGUUGAGUGGGAGUGGAGCGAGAAGGAAGUUGUGAUCAAAGCUUGUUUAUUUACACUCUUACUUCACUUGAUUUACUUGAAGAGGAUCCGGAGCUAGUAGAUCAAAUAGGAUUACAUUCAUUGCGGUAUUAUUGUUUUUGCAAGUAGUGAGGGGUUCAUUGUGUUUGGUCACAUUUAGAGCACAAGCUUUCACCAAUUGUAUAAUGGAUGUCGAUGUUGUGACGUUGUAAUGAUCUACGGAAACAUUGUUUCUUAUUACAGCUGAGCUUCUCCAGGACAUCAUUGUAGCUUAAGUUUGAAUGUUGGUUCUCUGGUUCACUGAGCACAGGGUGAUGGCUGACUGGUGAUAUAAGGCUCAGAGUUCCAGUGCACAGUUAUAUUUGUAUGUCAGCUGAUCUUCAGAUAGGUCCUGUGUUCAAACUACUGAAGUUCUGCUUUUCAGUUUCGUUGAUUUUUCAUUUUUGUUUCUAAAUAUAUAUAUGUACAAAAAUUUACAACAAUUGUGAUUGUAUAAUAGGCAUCUGUAGAAAGCAUUUAAUUUUUCCUUUUUUUUCAAAAAAAUCUAUAUGAUGAUACCGGUAAGAUAUUUCCUUGAUGUCGCUCUUCGUAGUUAGUAAUUCCUCCCUUUUCUGAUGUGUGAGGCAAAGCAUUGUAGUACUCCCCGACUCUGCGCUGAGAUCCAGGUCCUCUGAACACUAUGAUCACCUGAUGUAGGACUACUCUGGUCUUGCUGUGUGAUCAAUGAUUAAUUAUUCUCUUGGCUGGAAUUACCUUGUAUUAGCUCUGUCCAGAUAUUCUUUUGUUUUUGUGAUGCAAAUUCUCGCACCAACACGCCUUUAGGUACCCAUGUAUUGUCCAUCAUGUGUUCUGGUUCACUCGACCCCAUGGCCAGUGCUCAGUCUUCUGGUGGUUCUGGUUCACUCGAGCCCAUGGCCAGUGCUCAGUCUUCUGGUGGUUCGUCAUUGUCCCUCUGUCCCACAGCUUCAUGUCUUCUUCUUUUUCUUCUUCUUCUGUUUACGGGAAGGACUCCGGUGCCGGAUUAAGUUACAACUUAAUGGUUCUGUGUUGCCUUUACAUCAUCACAUGUCUGCUGAGAAUUCUUAAGGUAGUGUAGAAUUUUCUGCAUAGAUUUGAUGCCUGAAAUACUUGUCUUAGUUUAUAACCCAACAUUAUCACAUGGUGGGCUGUUCCAAUCGCCAUUUGUCCUAUAGGUCCAUCAUUAGUUGAUUGUCCUUAAACAAUACUUUUUGUCUUGCAAAUUCCGUAGUAUAUUAAGUCUAUAUUUAAACCGUGGUAUUGGAGCAUAAGUCCUACACAUGAAUACAUGUUAGUGGUGAUUGGUCAAUUUUAUAGGGUCAGAGGUAACAAAUACCCACUUUUGAAGUAAGAAGUUUCUGUUUAGAUUUUUGUGGUCAUCAGUCGGUGUAAAUUGAUUAAAUGUCACAUUUGGGAGGUUUCGCUGGGUAUAACUAGGAGAGUCCCUGCUCAUCUUGUUUGGGGGGAAAAUGGCUAAAAGACCUACAGUUGUACCUUUGGAAGUUGUUAUUUCAAUCGUUAAGAAAGUAAAAUACUUUGAAAGUUUCUGUAUGAACUUUUGAUGAAAAAGUCACCACAUGAUGAAAUUAUUGAUAACCUGACAAACAGUCCAUCAUUGCAUAGAUAUAAUGAGAUCUUACAAUGGUAGCCCCUAUAAGACCCCUCCGGGACACCUUACAAUGGUAGCCCCUAAGACCCCUCUGGGACACCUUACAAUGGUAGCCCCUAAGACCCCUCUGGGUCACCUUACAAAGUAAUAAUGGUAGCCCCUAAGACCCCUCUGGGACACCUUACAAUGGCAGCCCCUAAGACCCCUCUGGGACACCUUACAAUGGUAGCCCCUAAGACCCCUCUGGGACGCCUUGCAAUGGUAGCCCCUAAGACCCCUCUGGGGCACC